GAGGGAGUGGAGAGACAGACAGAGGAGAAAUGGGCGGUGUUUGAGGGAAUAGUUGAGUUUUUACGCACCAGAUGCUCCAGUCAGUGGAAACCCGUCAGUCUGCAGCUCGCAGGAGUUUCACGGAGGAUUUAAUGAUCUGUCAUUUAACACAGCAGAGCAGCACGAGCCGAGCGGACCCACUGCACCAGAUCCUGCACAGACUCCUGCGCGCAUCUCCACAGGCUGCCGCUGCGCAAACACAGCCAGAAGAAAAACAUCAUGAGUGACCAGUUGGACUGCAAAAACUGCAACGAGUCCCUGUGUGGACGCAAAUACAUCCAGGUGGAGGAAAAGCCUCACUGCAUCCCCUGCUACGACCGCCUGUACGCCAACACCUGCCAGGAAUGUAAAGAAGUCAUCAGCCAUAAUGCAAAGGAGCUUUUCUACGAGAACAGAUAUUACCACGCGCACUGCUUUCGCUGUUUCCGCUGCGACCGCUCUCUGGCAGACGAGCCCUUCACUAGCCAGGAGGACGGGCUGGUGUGCAGCGACUGCUACUGCAAUGAGUUCUCCUCCAAAUGUGUGUCCUGCGACAAGACGGUCAUGCCAGGGUCAAGGCUGUUGGAGUACAGCGGCUCCACGUGGCACGAGGACUGUUUUCUCUGUCACAGCUGUGAGAAGCCGAUUGGCGCCGAGGCCUUCAUCCCGGACAACAACAGCUACUACUGUGUGCCGUGCUAUGAGGGCAGGGUUGCUCCCCAGUGCAGCCACUGCAAAAAGGCUCUGACUAAAGGAGGGGUGACCUACAAGGAUGAGGUGUGGCACAAAGAGUGUUUUCUCUGCACAGGCUGCAAAGCUCCGCUGGCUGGCCAACCCUUCACCUCACAGGGGGAGAGUCCAUACUGUGUCAAGUGUUUCAGCAGCCUGUAUGCCAAAAAGUGUGCUGGAUGCAACACGGCCAUCACAGGGUUUGGAGAUGGGAAGUAUGUUUCCUUUGAGGACCGGCAGUGGCACCAGCCGUGCUUUAAGUGUUCGCGCUGCUCUGUGUCGCUGGUGGGCUCCGGCUUCUUCCCCGACCGCGACCAGAUUCUGUGUACAGACUGCAACAACGAUGACUGACCGCCGGUCACACCACCUGCAGCAAAUAUCAAACAUGGCUGACACCAGCAGACAAACUGCGUAACCUCAGCCAUGCACACGAACACUGCCAUGUUAUUAACUCACUCAGAGUAAAGCUGACACAAAGCUCAGUAUUUACAACUCAAAAUUCUCAUCAGCCCGCAGCACAUUGAAAUGUUUGUAUAAAUUCUGCAGAAAUGUCCUGUGACCUAUGUAUGACUUAGUUUAUCUUUAUGUUUUAUGUUUUGCACAUUAAAGACUAAAUAAAAAAAAACAAAACAUACGUAAACCAUUAAAUUAAACCUUUUAUUCAUAAAGGUGGUCGUACACCAUUUUAUAACACUUUUUUUUUUCAUGACGGCUA